CUGUCCUAUGUAAGCAGAAGGGAUAUAGACCUCCCAAACCAGAGAGUUUUCGGAAAUCUUCCUGAGCGAUCUCUUACAGCCAACCCUGUGGUUUUGCUUUGGGGUAACACACCUCCAGAUCUGACCCUGUAUUUACCCUAUUUGUAAUUUUCUGCAGCUAAUUUACCCAAGUCCGACUGGUGGGAGCUGAGCGUCGCUCCGGUUUCUCUCACCUCCCCUGGCUGGAUAAGCCCCCGUGGCGCCCAGGCUACCAUUUUUCAGGGCAAAGAACAGUUCUGCAGUGUCUGAGGAUGGAUAAAGACUUCCGCUACUACUUCCAGCACCCGUGGUCUCGCUUAGUUGUGGCUUACUUAGUGAUCUUCUUUAACUUCUUAAUAUUUGCCGAGGACCCAGUAUCUCACAGUCAGACAGAAGCCAAUGUUAUUGUUGUUGGUAAUUGUUUCUCCUUUGUAACAAAUAAAUACCCUGAAGGAGGAGGCUGGAGAUUUUUGAAGGUGUUUCUGUGGCUGCUUGCCAUUCUCACAGGACUGAUAGCUGGGAAAUUUCUCUUCCAUCAGCGCCUGUUUGGUCAGUUGCUCCGUCUGAAAAUGUUUCGAGAGGACCAUGGGUCUUGGAUGACAAUGUUCUUCAGUACCAUCCUCUUCCUCUUCAUUUUUUCUCACAUUUAUAAUCUGUUUCUCAUUAUGGCGGGGAAUAUGAGUGCAUACAUUAUAACAGACUUCAUGGGCAUCAGGAAUGAAAAUUUUAUGAAGGUAGCUGCAGUUGGGACUUGGAUGGGAGAUUUUGUCACAGCAUGGAUGGUCACAGAUAUGAUGCUUCAGGAUAAGCCCUAUCCAGACUGGGGAAAGUCUGCCAGAGCUUUCUGGAAGAAGGGAAACAUUAGGAUCAUUUUAUUCUGGACGGUUCUAUUUACACUGACCUCUGUAGUUGUGCUUGUCAUCACUACUGACUGGAUCAGCUGGGACAAGCUUAAUCGUGGAUUUCUGCCAAGUGAUGAAGUCUCAAGAGCCUUCUUGGCUUCUUUCAUCUUGGUGUUUGACCUUCUUAUUGUCAUGCAGGACUGGGAAUUUCCACAUUUUAUGGGUGAUGUUGAAGUGAAUCUUCCAGGUUUACCAUCUGCACACAUGCAGUUCAAAGUACCUUAUUUCCAAAAGAUCCUCAAAGAGGAGUAUCACAUACAUAUAACAGGCAAAUGGUUUAACUAUGGAAUUAUCUUCCUUGUUUUGAUCUUGGAUCUGAAUAUGUGGAAGAACCAAAUAUUUUACAAACCUCAUGAAUAUGGUCAAUAUAUUGGUCCUGGACAGAAGAUCUACACAGUGAAGGACUCAGAAAGCUUGAAAGACCUUAAUAGAACUAAAUUAUCCUGGGAGUGGAGAUCCAAUAACACCAAUCCGUUGACGAACCGGACCUAUGCCGAAGGAGACAUGUUCUUGCACAGCAGAUUCAUAGGCUCUAGCCUUGAUGUCAAAUGCCUGGCUUUUAUUCCAAGUUUGCUGGCUUUUGCUUUGUUUGGUUUCUUCAUCUGGUUCUUUGGGCGAUUUCAGAAAACUGAUCAAGGCAUGGAGAAUUUAGACAAAUCAUACACAAGAAUGAAAAGAAAGUCACCGUCAGAUAUGGGAAUGACACGAGAAAAUACACAGGUGUUGGUAGAAGAACCGUUAAGUUUUCAAGAACCACAUCUUGUAUCCAUAAAAUCAGACUUAAGUGAAAUAGUUUUUAAUUCUUCUCUCCUAACUUCUGAAAACUUGAACGCACAACUGAAUGAACCAGAUAGCCCUUUACAGCCAGUACCAGAGUCCUCUGUCCCUAAGAAUAAACCUGUGACAUAAAGGCAAAUACCCAGGAAAAUCAGUUUAAAUAAGCAGUUACUGUAAGAUUUCAGUUUUACCUUUUGUAAGUUAAGAUUUACAUAGUGUUUAGAAUAAGAACAUAUACCAAAAGGUGCUCAGCAUGCUUUUUUUAGGAAUUUUGGUUUUUAUUUGUAUUAUAGUAUGUGCCUACUGUAUAUCUAACAUUCCUUUAUAGAUUGCUUCCCAAAAUUGCACAAGCUGUUUAUUAAUACAUUACCUUAACUGUAUAAUAGUGUAUUAGAUGAUUACUUGCAGGUAUAAAAUUCUACCGUGGUGGUGCCUUGAGACAUUAAACUGUUUUUUAACUCAA